AUCUGUGGCAAAGCUUUGACCACCCGACACGCACAUUGUUACCAGGAAUGAAGCUUGGCUGGGACAAGAAAAGUGGCAUCAACCGAUCCAUGAGGUCCUGGAGGACAGAAGCUGAUCCAGCUCCAGGUGAUUAUUUAUUAAGGUUAGACUUGGGUGACUCAGGUCAGUUACCCCAACUACUUCUUGAGAAAAACCAGCAAAUACAAUCAAGAUGGGGUCCUUGGGAUGGAGAAAAAUUCAGUGGAGGUUAUGCCCUCAUGGAUAACCAGGCAUACAGACCAAUAUUUCAUUCCGAUACAGAUGCGGUUUACUUCACAUUCGAAGCCAAAAACGACUCCAGUUUGAUACUUUCACUGAAUCCAGAUGGGAAACUACAAUUCUGGAAAUGGAACAAUAAUUCUACCAGUUUCGGGGACGAAGUGAAGACACUCAAUAUGGCCGUAUGUGACCAGUAUAACACAUGUGGCCCUUAUGGAGUUUGUACCGAUGGAGAUCUCCCCUGCGGAUGUCCUGAUGGUUUCACAGCAGCCUCACCAGCAGAAUGGAACAAGAUGAAUUUUACGCAAGGAUGUAGAAGAAACACCUCACUUAACUAUACUGAUAAAGACGUAUUUGUCAAGAACACUGAACUGAAGUUGCCUGAUAAAGCUACUUACUGGGGAAUGUUGUACCCCCAGGACUGUGAACACAAGUGCUUACACGAAAGAUCGUGCACGGCCUAUACUAGUAUCAAUGGAACCAAAUGUGUCGUCUGGUUGACAGAUUUACUGGAUAUGAGACGUUCACAGAGAGCAGGGAACGACAUUUUUGUAAGGAUGGCAAAUGGAAAACCAGGUAAAAUGAUUGCUUACUUGUGA